CCCAAAGCUUUUUUCUAUUUCACCUACCUUUCUCCUCGAAAAUAAAAAAACCCUGACUUGUUUACCAAGUUAACUCCAAAAUGCAGCCGCAAGCAGACGUUUUCAGCCUCCAUAACUACAUAAACUCCUCGAACCCAUCUCCAUAUCCUUCCCAUUUCGCCGUAUCCCCGCCAUAUCCAAUCAACGGUCAAAACCUGAAUCCCUUCUACGGAAUUCAAAGUGCUACUAACAAUCCACAAUCCAUGAGCCUAAGCAGCAACUCGACAUCAGAUGAAGCAGAAGAGCAGCAGACGGACAAAAACAUAAUCAACGAGCGGAAGCAGAGAAGGAUGAUAUCAAACAGAGAAUCAGCAAGGAGAUCGCGUAUGAGGAAGCAGCGACACCUUGACGAGCUUUGGUCUCAGGUGAUGUGGUUCAGGGUCGAGAACCAUCAGUUACUUGAUAAGCUUAACAAUCUCUCUGAGUCUCACGAAAAGGUUCUUCAAGAGAAUGUUCAGCUCAAAGGGGAAACAUCUGAGUUAAAGCAGGUGAUUAGUGAUAUGAAAAUUCAAAGCCCUUUCUCUUGCUUCAGAGACGAUAUAAUCCCCAUUGAAUAGAGCAUUUUUACCCCCAUGCACCGACGUUCAUAUAUGAAUUAUGUGUUUUAUAUUCGGAGCAUUUUUUUAGUUUACCAAGACUCCAAGAGGAAUAUAUAUAAGUAUAUAUUGAAAAAACAUUAGUAUUAUUGAAGAAUAUAUAUAAGUGGUGUUGGUCAAAUCAUGAGUCAUGUUUGUGAUGAGGACAGAGUAAGGUGGUGUAUGUUCUGCUUCAUAUUACAAAAAUUUCCAAAUUUCCAACUACAAACCAACACACAGACUCACAAU